AGUCAGGAAUCACAUUGAUUGAACUCUAUGGAGUAGCUGCCCACGUACAGCACAGCAUGUAGUUGUUUACUUCCUGCAUACACACAUAUUCAACGUCGCUCGAAGCAUAUUUUGUUGUUGUCGUCCUCUCACACCCAUAGCCCCUCACCCCCAAUGUUGCUUCUCUGCUGGAUCGCGCUGUUCGGCUUGAGUUACGCCGCCACUCAGGCGCCACUGCUGUCUGUUGUCCCCGAAGAUGGUUUUCGCGUGGUUCAGAGCAAGCAUUCGCCCAACCAUUCAAUUCGGAUCCGGCAGCAGAACGAUUCCAUCUGCGCCGCUGGCUCUCCACAAUACACCGGCUGGCUCGAUGUAGGGCCCAAGCAUUUGUUCUUCUGGUAUUUUGAGAGCCAAAAUGACCCCGCCAGCGACCCGCUGACCCUGUGGAUGACGGGUGGGCCUGGCGACUCCAGCAUGAUCGGUUUGUUCGAGGAGAUUGGUCCCUGUCUGAUCAACGAGCACGGGAAUGGCACUUAUCACAAUCCGUGGGCCUGGUCCAGGAAUUCGUCGCUGCUCUUCGUCGACCAACCCGUUGAUGUCGGAUUCUCUUACAUCGAUGAAGGCCAUGAGCUGCCACGUGACUCUCAGGAGGCCGCGGUCGACAUGCACAGAUUCCUACAGCUAUUUAUCUCUGAAGUCUUUCCCCACAAGCUGUCUGCAUCCAUCCACCUUUCUGGCGAAUCAUAUGCGGGCAAAUACAUCCCGUACCUUGGCGCUCAGAUUGUGCAGCAGAACAAACUCUAUCCCAGUGAGCCCCAGGUACGCCUGAAAUCGUGCCUGGUGGGCAACGGAUUCAUGUCGCCGAAAGACUCGGCAUUCGGAUACUGGGAAACACUCUGCACCACCAACCCCGGGGUUUCGGAGCCCGUUUUCAAUAAGACCAGGUGUGAUAUCAUGGCAGCCAACAUGCCACGAUGCAUGGACGUCGCCGAAAUAUGCGUAAAAAAUCCGGAUCCUGCCGUCUGCCACGCUGCUCUCUCCGUUUGCUACGAGGGUGUUGUUGGAUGGUACGACGACGAAGCCGGCAAGGGCGGUCGCAACAGGUUCGACAUCACGGCCCCUUGCGAAAUCGACGAAAUGUGCUACAUUCAAGCAGCGCGUAUUGAGCAAUAUCUGAAUAGCCCAGCUGUCUGGGACGCUCUUUCGCCUCCCAAGCAAAUUAAGGAAUACAAAUUCGUCGCUGAUUCUGUCAUUCACGCGUUCGACAAGACCUCGGACGGUAUGACGUCUCAAUCCGAUCUGGUCGCUUUUCUACUCGCAAACCAGGUGCACUUCCUCGCCUACCAAGGCAAUCUCGACCUUGCCUGCAACACGGCUGGGAAUCUCCGCUGGGCGCAUGCACUUUCCUGGAAAGGACAGGUGGAGUUUACAUCCAAAUCGCUUCGGCCGUGGACCUCGGUGGUUGCAGCGACGGGCGAGAAAGAGACAGUUGGAUCCGCAAAGGAAGUCCAAGUUCGUAUGAGUGACAGUGCAGAUAUCGAAUCGCGCUUUGCAUUUGUGACUGUGGACGGAGCUGGUCAUUUGCUUCCCCAAGAUCGACCUGAUGUAGCUCUUGACAUGAUGGUUCGGUGGAUCUCGGGAGCGCCAUUUGGGUGAGUAAACAGGAUGUAGUGCACUUGACCCCUGGUACAAUCUCGGCUGAGCGAAGUAUGUAUCAUUGGCGAAUCUAUCGGGAAGGGCUCGUGUGAUCCGUUCAGAGCUCAUUUUUGUCGAAUCUUCUUUGCGGUACGCUUCUUAAAUACUACACCUGCCCCAGGCGCAGCGCCAUCUUCUGAUUUGAUCGGUGGGUCUGAGGCAUCUCCAACGU